AUGACUACCGCCGUGAAUCGUCCAACCAAUACCAAACAGAAGGAGCAGGACAUCAACGCCAAGCUCCAGCUGUUUGGAAUCUACCAUGCCUUCAAAAACAGCAAGCUUCCCUCUAACAAGCAGUGUGAUGUUGCCUUGAACAGUGCCCUUGCCUCCAAGGCCCUCUCAUCGCCACCGGCCGAUCUUUCCAACGAUGGCAAAGUUCUCCUCGAAGAUCUGCGCAACGUCAUUGAGCAGGCUAAGCUAAUGCUGCUUACCAAGAAUGAGGGUGAACUUCUGCAGGAAUUCAUCUGGCAAGCCCAGCAGAUCACCGCCGGCGAUAUCAAGACUCCCAAUGUGCCUAUCACCAAGGAGUCUGGCAAGCAGGAUGGCGAGAAGACCCUGCAGGGUCUCAAGACUCUGGGAACACUCUUGAUUACCAACGGAGAGUUCCGAAAGAUUCUGAGCGAUGCAACUGUUCUGCUCCGCGAUAUAGCCGCCGAUGCUUCCCAGAAGGCUGCCAACCAAGUGCGCCCAUCGGAGGAUCAGCUCGCUCAGAUCGACACGCCCGCCGAGGAGAACGUUUGGCACGAGAAGCCCAAUGUUUCCAAGGAGGAUAUGAAAAGCCGCUUGAAGAAAAACAAGGCGGACAAGGCAAGUCUUGCUUCUGCUUCCAUUGCUGAAAACGCCGAAGGCGCCGAUGACGCUUCUGUUACGCCGUCGGAGAAGAGUCGUACUCGGAAAUAUGCCAACAAGACCAAGGAAUACCUAGCGGAGAAGAUCCCCAAGGAGCGCCGCGAGCAGACCAUCUGGCGCUUGAAGAAAAUGAUCAUCGAGGUCCAAGGCCAUGCCGACUACCAACAAGCCAUUGAAACCCUUCUCGAGCUCGCUGAGAAGUAUGCUGGACAUACCAAAGAAGUUGGUACCCAGAGCGGUAGUGCCGUCAAGGAUGUGCGCUCCUAUGGCAGUGUCCAGGCUGUUGAGACCAACUUGCGCACCCUCAUCGAGCGCUUCGCUAACAACACCUCCUUGGCUGACUUCUUCGAGUCCCUGAACAAUAUCUACCGUGAUGCUGACAGGGAUCCUGAGCUGCGCGGUUGGUUCAAGAACAUCGACACAUACAUCCGCAGAUGCCUGCGUGAACAGGGUUUCAUCAUGGAGGAUGAGGCUACCAGGCAGUGGAACGAGCUGUACGAGAAGGGCCGUUACCUGAUCCGUGAGCGCUACCGCUCCCACAGUGACCGCAUCCUCGACGAGAUGAAGUUCCUGGCAGAGCAGUUCGACAAGGAUCCCCGCAACAAGGCUCUGGCUGAUUCAGUUCAGACUCUGUUCAAGGACCUGGGUCGCGAUGCUGGGGGCAAGGUUGUCUUCAAGAAGCACUUGCUCACGGAUCUCCGUGACAUCAUCCUGCCCGGCAUUUUCGAGAACGUGCGCUACGUGCCUAUUCCCCGUAUCGAGGUCUCUGACCCUACGGUUGAUGUUGUGGUCGAAAACCUCGUGAUCGAGAGUGACAACCUCAUGCCUAAUGUGGUCGAGUUUGGCAGCGACAACUACUUCCGUUGGGGCCGGAAGAAGAUCUCCAACAAGCGUGACAAUAAGAUCAUGAUCGCCGCCUCUGGUAUCCAGGCUGACCUGCGUGAUGUCAGCUACUACAUUAAGAAGAAGCAGGGUUUCCCCUCCAUCACCGACAUCGGUGUCAUGGACAUCAUCCUUAGCGGUGAAGGCUUUGGCUUCAAGAUUGCCGCCUCCACUGUUAACAAGGGCGACAAGCAGCACAUCGUCAAGCUCGACAAGGUCUCCGUCAACAUCAACAACCUCAACAUCAAGCUGAAGAAGUCCAAGCACAAGGUCCUCUUCUCCACCUUCAAGCCUAUGCUCUUCCGCGUCGUUCGCCCUGCCCUGGAGAAGGUUGUCGAAGCCCAGAUCCGCGAAGCCUUCAACAAGGGCGAUGCAUGGGCCAACGAGAUCUCCAUCGAAGCCAAGAAGGCCGCCGAGGCUGCCCGCGAAGAUCCCGAGAACGCCCCCAGCAUGUUCUCCCGCUACGCAGAUGCUAUCCGCGCCCGCAGCCAAGCUAAGGCCAAGGAAGCCGAGGCCGUCGUCAAGCAUACCAAGGUCCAGACCGUUAUGACUAUGCACGACUCCAUGUUCCCUGAAAUUCAGCUGCCCGGCGGUGUCUCCACCAAGGCCACUGAGUACGUCGACCUGGCAGCCAAGGGUGAGCGCUGGGAAUCCCCCAUCUUCAGCAUCGGCAGUGCCUCGGAGUCCACCAACAUCCCCCCCGCCGGCUCCGUCACCCGAAAGCCCCACACCACCGCGGAGGGCGCCAUCACAGGAAGCACCACCGGAACCGCCGGUGCCGUUGCCGGCGGUGCUGCCGGUAACGCUGCCGCAGCUGGUGCCUCGGGCUCUACUGCAACUGCUAAUGUCAGCAAGCUCGACGGAUACCCUUCCCGUGGCUUCUCCGAUGAAGUCGACGACGCAUUCGUCAAUGGCAAGAACGUCAGUGAGAUGAAGAUCGGCCCCACCCAGGUGACGAAUGGCACAGCUCUCAACUACUAG